GAAGAGAUUGACACCGGCACACACGCUUCUCUGCGACCACCGAGGAAGAAGACACCAUGGGUGAGCAGCUGAGUCCUGAUGAGAAAUUUAAGCUCAUCACCAGAAACCUUCAGGAGGUUCUUGGUGAGGAGAAAUUAAAGGAGAUCUUGAAGGAGAGGGAACUGAAGGUUUACUGGGGUACAGCAACUACAGGCAAACCCCAUGUGGCUUAUUUUGUUCCCAUGUCAAAGAUCGCUGACUUCUUGAAAGCAGGCUGUGAGGUCACCAUCCUCUUUGCAGAUCUUCAUGCCUUCCUGGACAACAUGAAGGCUCCCUGGGAGCUGCUGGAGCUCAGGGUGAAGUAUUAUGAGCAGAUUAUCAAAGCCAUGUUGGAGAGCAUCGGAGUCCCUCUUGAUAAGCUCAAAUUUGUCAAAGGCACAGAUUUUCAGCUUAGCAGAGACUAUACUCUUGAUGUGUACCGGCUAUCAUCCAUGGUGACCGAACAUGAUGCCAAGAAGGCAGGUGCUGAGGUGGUCAAACAGGUUGAGCAUCCCCUACUGAGUGGUUUGCUGUAUCCUGGACUACAGGCUCUGGAUGAAGAGUUUUUAAAAGUGGAUGCUCAGUUUGGGGGUGUGGACCAAAGGAAAAUCUUCACAUUAGCAGAGAAGUAUCUGCCCUCACUCGGUUACACAAAACGCAUUCAUAUGAUGAACCCGAUGGUGCCUGGACUGACUGGCGGAAAGAUGAGCUCCUCUGAGGAGGAAUCCAAGAUUGAUCUCCUGGAUAAGAAGGAGGAGGUGAAGAAGAAGCUGAAGAAGGCAUUUUGUGAGCCUGGAAACAUCCAGAAUAAUGGAGUCCUGUCCUUCGUCAAACAUGUGGUUUUCCCAUUGCACUCCGAAUUUGUCAUUAAAAGAGAUGCAAAGUGGGGAGGUGAUAAAGUCUUCACAGACUUUGAGGAAGUAGAGAAGGACUUUGCUGCAGAGAAAAUCCAUCCUGGUGACCUGAAGGCCUCGGUGGAGGUGGCCUUGAACAAACUGCUGGACCCCAUCAGGAAGAAGUUUGAGUCUCCGGAGUUAAGAAACCUGACAAAUUCAGCCUAUCCAGGGCCCUCGAAAAACAAAGGAGCGAAGGGGAACCCCAAACAGACAACAGAGGAGGGGGAGGAGGUUGUCCCGUCCAGACUAGACAUCAGAGUGGGCAAAGUCAUCAGUGUGGAGAAGCAUCCAGAUGCAGACUCGCUGUAUUUAGAGAAGAUUGAUGUUGGGGAGGAGCAGCCUCGGACCGUAGUGAGCGGACUGGUGGCUUACAUCUCCCAGGAGCAGCUCCAGGACCGACCUGUUGUGUUGCUAUGCAACCUAAAGCCCCAGAAGAUGAGGGGGAUCGAAUCUCAAGCCAUGCUGCUGUGUGCUUCAAUUGAGGGAGAUCCCAGGAAAGUAGAGCCUUUGGAUCCACCAGAAGGUUCGGCGCCGGGUGAUCGCGUUUACGUCGAGGGGUUUGAAUCGGGCAAACCAGAUGAGGAAUUGAAACCAAAGAAAAAGGUGUUUGAGAAGUUACAGGUGGAUCUGAAGAUCUCAGAUGAGUGUGUUGCACAGUGGAAAGAUAAAACCCUCAUGACCAAACUAGGACCGAUCACCUGUAAAACACUAAAGGGUGGAAACAUUAGCUAGACUCACCUCACUGUGUUUCUCAAAAUAUCUACCAUCAACAAUCGGUUCUGAAAUGUCUUCAUGGAAAUAUAUAGAAUGUUUAGGAUAUAUUAAUCUAAAAGUAAUGGUUAAGUAGCUCAAAACACACAUAUUUCAUCCUUAUCAUGCUGUUCUCAUAAGACACGAAGUGCUCAUCUGAAGGAGGGAGUUUCAUUUCUUCUAUCAGUUUCUUAAGGAAUUUGUCUGCUCUUAAUAUGCCUGAUUAAAGGUUAUGGGAACUUUAACUCAUCUUCUGUAUGUAUUUUCCUGUAAUUAAAAGUACUUGCAAUAAACACAAGCAUAACACUUCACUAUAAGGUUGCAUUUGUUAACAUGAACUAACAAUGAACAAUACUUAUAACAAUUCAGUGUGUUUUUUAAAGGUGCCGUGGAAUGUAAAACUGUAUUUAAGAAGGCAACGAUGAAUAAUAAGAGUUCUGUACAUGGUAAUGACCUAUUGUGAGACUCAAACAGUCACAUACACUACAUUCAAUUAAUGUUGUUACAAUGCUAAAAACAAAAUUGUGACCGCUGAGUUAGCAUAAUAUGCUAUAUGCUAGCGUUUAGGCUGACGUUCUACUAUUGACGUUACAUUUAGGUUUUGCAGGUCUGUACUGAAACAACACAACCUUACCACUCAGAAACGUCUAUUAGCAAUCUCCAAACAAUUGAUAUACUUCUCAAAAUCUGUAUCUUCAUCUGAUACAGGCUCAAACAUAAGGUCUGUUUACACACACACAGAGCUACUGAAGGAGCUGCUCUGACAAACAGCCAAUCAGAGCAGAGCUCAACAUUAUUAUUCAUGACCCUUUCAAAUAAGUUAAUAAUAGACCAUUUUAUUCUUAAGGCAAAUCCUAGGGUUGUAUAUGAACCGUCUUUGGAUAAUUUUUGCACUUAAUAAAGCCACAUACCUUCUAUGUAGCUAUCAGAGGACAAUUUAACAUUAUUUCAUGCACUCUUUGGCACCUUUAAGUCAAAAGUUGUGUUUGUUAACAUCAGUUAAUGCACAAUAUCUAACAUAAACCACUGUUUACUAACAGUCGCUAAAAUAUUAUAUUGUCCAUUGUUAGUUUGUUAGCCAAAGCAUUUACUAAUGUUGACAAGUAAAAUUUUAUUGUAAAGAGUUUGUGGUGAUGUUUUGCAUUUUGUUUGGGGAACCAUACAACCGUGUACAUCAUUUAAUUCUAAAACAUGCCAGUUUCUCAUGCUUGUAAAUUUAUUAUGUAUUAUUUUAUGAUGAGGUCAUAGUUGUUGAGAAACACUGAUCAGCCAAAAUAAAAAGUCAUACGAUGGUAAAUCUAUAAA